ACGAGACAUUUUAGAAACACACUCCGAGUUCUGUUCUAUCUAUGAAUGAUAAAGGAUAUAGCAAGCAUCUCAGAAUUCAAGAAAAGAAAUAUUCAAGCAGAAUGCAGUAGCCAGAGCGAAUUCAACAUUGGGUUGGAAGAUUUUGAGAGAAAACUGAUGAGAGUGAGAAAUUAUGGUAGCUGUAACAUAAAUGAUGCUCAUUUGGGAGCUGGAGGAGACAUUUAUAUCAGUGGCUACGGAAACUCAAUUUCGGGCGAGUUCUUCUUUCUCAGAACAGACGAAGAUUUCAAUGUCCAAUGGAUGCGAUCUGACGGAAGCACAAAGUUGUUUAUCUCAGUCGAUCCAUUAGAGCGGAGAGUCUUUGCAGCUGAAAAUUCAGGGUCUUCUUGAGAUCUAGAAGAGAUAGAUGCAGCCACAGGAGAUCAAUACUUCGAAUCUAGAGCAGGAAAUGGAGCUGUCUCACAGAAUUAUGUUGGAAUGACCUUCGAACCUGGUACAAAUACUCCAAUCUACAUCACAUCAAAUUCGCUAGGCUCCACAGUUGAUAUUUACGCUAAAAAUAUCGGGAAAUCCACGGCUCAUACCCACAAUUUCCCUUCUUCUAAGCGAGUCGGCAAAAUAGCCUAUGUCAGUACCGGAAACAUACUAGUGCACCAUAUGGAAACUAGCACAAAGAAAUGUUAUCUGUCCCUUUUGACUCUCAAUCAGCCCAUACCGAAUACUAGUUUCAGACACAUAACUGAAUAUGAGUGCCCAUACGGCCACACUUGUACUGCAAAUUUUGAAAGGUCAAGCAUACUAGUGGAUCCUGAUAAUAGCUUAGAAGGGUUUGCAUUACUUGAACUUGUAGAUACCGAUGAUUUAGUUGCAUACUUUAUAUUUGUCCAGGUAGACCUUGAAAAUGAACGUGUUCUUCAGCACUAUGUAGCCACGAAUGCAACAAGCGUUAUUAUUGGAGUUGGAGGGACUAUUGAAACAAUGUAUAGUAUGAGGGUAUUUCAAGGCAAUGUUUAUUUCUUGGCAGGAGUAAAGGAUUCUUCAGGAAAUAUUGGCAAUUCAUUACUGCUUUUUAAUACAAGCUCGACUCCUGGAUCUUUUGAAAGCUUACAUCAAUGAUCAUCUGAUGACGGAGCAACGACUCAAUGUCAAAGUCAGUAUAGCACAACUAAUACCUUCAUUUCAAACGGAGGUCUGCUGACCCAAAUGAUAAUAAAGUCGGGAACCAUCAUUUUCUUCGGAUCUUAUGACUCCAGUUGUGUACGGAUUAAGUCACAGUUAACUUCUCUUGCAACCACUCAGGACUGGUAUAACUCCCCAAGUGUUACAAAGUUCUUUACAGAUUUGAAGCCGAUAAGUAUCUUUGGAACAACAGUCACUGAAAAUCAAACAAUCGUUCACAAUGAUUAUAACUCUUGGACAGGAGCUAAGACUUGGACGACUAGUUCUAAUAAAGAAAGUAGUAUUAUAGAUCAGAGUCAAUCCUUUUAUGUGGAGACUCACAUAAGCCUUGAAAUUGAUAAAGGACAAGAAGAAAAGAAAAAUAUAAGCAUUGCAUGAGAUCAAUAUGAUAUCUUCAGAUUCAAAUACAGCAUCGCAAAUGCGAAUGAUGAUGAAGUUUAUGAUAUACUCAAGAUUGACAGUAGCUCAGGAGAACUAGAUAUUAAUUCAACAGAUUUUGGGACUAAGGACAGAAAUUUCACUUUAGAUAUAAAAAUUAGCUCCCCUUAUCUUCAAAAUGACAUUACCAUUCCGGCUGAAUUAAAUGAGGUCCAUUUAUUUGGUAAAACUCUUGAAACUCAGCAGAGAGUAACUAACGGCGUGCUUGGAGCAUCUAUAGCUAUUGGAAGCAUAUCUGCAUUCUCACCCAGCUCAGGAUUCAGUGGUCUUUGGAUGCUUAUCAAUCAAUAUCAACUCUUGAUGCUUCUUACAAUGGUGGGGACAGAAAUUCAUCCUGACGUUAGGAAGAUUAUUUACUCUUCGAAAUUCCUAACAUUAAAUCUUGAAGAAGUCGACAUCAAAUCUUCGCUUCGAAUUUCUCAAUUUCUAGAGAAAAUGAAGAGGAAUCAGACUAAUCAGGGACUUGAUGAACUAGGCUUUGGUAGUAUCUCAACUUUUCAAACAAAUAUCAAUUUGUUUCUCCUCUUCAUUCUCAUUCUUAUGAUAUACCUGAUUUGUGUAUUCUGGUGCUGCCUUUUCAGAAAAUGAUUGAAACUAAAAGCAAAGAGAUGCCAUAAGAGAAAAGAAGCCAAGAGAAACCAAAAUAAUGAAGGUCAUAAUAAUAAUGGCGUAAGAUCUAACAACAAAGGUCUCACAGAGAGUGUCAAUAGUACAGAAAAUAAUUAUAAGGAGAAUUAUUGCCACAUCUUCUGAGCAUGAUGUUGCAAAUGCUUUUGUAAGUGCUUAUGAAAAUGGAUGUGAAAGUGAUGAUGCAAGAAAGUAAAUAAAUGGUGUCGUGGAAUAACCAAAUAUGCUAAAGAGUGGCAGCACAAGUAUUUCCCUCACAGAUUCUUCAUGGGUAUUUGUAUGAGAAUAAUGAUCGAGACUUUGUUCAUUAUAUCUGCCACUUCUUGAAAUGAACUGAGCAUAUUUGAUGACACAGAUUAUUAUUCCUCUCUCUCAAUUAAUAUUGCAGCUAUGUUGCUAGUUUUAUGAAUUGUAUUUAUUUUGUUUCUUUUCUGUUAUUAUUUUAAGCACAGAAAUACCAAAAUUUCUGACAAGAACAAUGAAUCAGGAAUAUAUUUUGAAGAAUUAUUUUCGGAACUCAAACCAGGAAAAGGAAGAAUCUACAUCCCAAUAUUGAUAUUAAGGAUAUUCAUCUUUGUAUGAAUUGUAUUUCUCUUGCCGUUUAGUCCUGAAUCAAAAUUAGGAAUUAUAUUCGUUCUUCAGUUUUUGUACUGGCUUCAAACAGUGGGUAUCAGAAAGUUCACCAGCGGAUCCCAAUCUUUCAUCAAUAUCAUGAAUGAGUUUACCUUUUUGAUAAUAAUCUUCAUUUUUGCUAUGUGGAACAAGAGAGAUAACUGGAAGGAAACUAACUCUCCAACCAUGAAGGAAGUCGUGAUGUAUAUCAUUUUUUGAAAUACAUUCCUAAUGGUUAUCAUUCAGACUGGUGCUCUAUUACAUAAGAUCUAUAAGUGGUACAAGGAAUAUUACCCGUCAGAUGAGGAUUUGUGGAAGGCAAGGGAAAUAGCAGGAUGUAAUGAUGAAAGCAGCCAUGAAAGCAAAAAUUCUAAAGGUGUAAUUUCUCUUAAUUCAUCUUACUCUAGGUCCAAAUCUCUGGACAGCAAGUAUUUCAACAUUACAACAUUUAUGAAGAAGAGAAAAAUCAUUCCCAUCAAUGUUAAUUAAUCCUCCAAAAAUUUCACUUCAA